AGGUGUGUCUGUGUGACUGGUAGUGCUGCUGAUGUCGGUACUGUUCUUCUCUGGAGCAGCAGCUGCGCACUCAUAAACACAAACAUGUCCGCGGUGCCUGACGGCAAAAAGCUGGUCCGGAGCCCGAGCGGACUCCGCAUGGUACCGGAGAACGGUGCUUUCACCAGUCCGUUUUCCCUGGACGAGCCGCAGUGGGUUCCGGACAAAGAGUGCCCCAGAUGUAUGCAGUGUGACACUAAGUUUGACUUCAUCACCAGGAAGCAUCACUGUCGGCGCUGCGGCCGGUGUUUCUGUGAUAAAUGCUGCAGUCAGAAGGUGGCUCUUCCCAGGAUGUGUUUUGUGGAUCCGGUGAGGCAGUGUGCGGAGUGCAGCCUCAUCUCACAGAAAGAGGUGGAGUUUUACGACAAACAGCUUAAAGUGCUCACUGCCGGUGGCACUUUCCUGGUCAAAGUGGAUUCCUCAGAGAUAUCAGAGACCAUGGUCUGCCGUUUGUCCAAUAAUCACAGAUAUCUCUUUCUAGAUGGUGAGAGUCAUUUUGAGGUGGAGCUAUCUCGCAUUUCCAGUAUGCAGGUGUUGACUGAGGGCUCAACCCCGGGAGAGAAAGAUAUAUGCUCGUACAUGAGCUUGCUGGACAGUCAAAAAUCUGAAGAGAAAGAUGUAUGCUCGUACACGAGCUUGCUGGACAGUCAAAUAUCUGAAGGAGGGUCUCUUCGAGCCAGUGGCAUGGUGCUUCAGUACAAGCCACCAGGAUCUCUGAACCUUCAGCAGCUCCACAUGGACACAGCCGAUGACAAGCGCGUCGCGUCUGCCUGGCUCGCAGCCAUGCACAAAGCUGCCAAACUGUUGUAUGAGUCAAGGGACCAGUGAAAUGACACAGUGCUGGAGACAGAACAAAACGGAGGGGAGAGAGAUUAAAACCAAGUAUUAUGUGUUAUUCAGUCUUACAUGUACUCUAAGAUGCUUGUAUGAUUUCUAUUCAAUCUUUUGCUUCUACUCCCUGUUGAGACAGAUUUACUUACAACCUCUCUGUCUGUGCCAAGAGGGGGGACCAAGUUUUCCGACGAUUCUCGUGCAAUAUGGACAUGUAUGAUAAUAUAUAAACACCAUUUAACAGAUGCUUUAAGUGUAGUCUCACGUAUCAAAGUUUUGUAAACUAAAUAUAUUUUGUCAGAUAUUCUUAUUUUAACACAAACUCCCGAGUAUGUGCUUUUUACUGCCCAAGUAUUUACAAUGUGUAGUUAUGUUUUCUUUCUAAACAUAUUUGAAACACUUGUUUUUCCUACACUACAGAAUGAUGUUUCAGGUCGUAAUUUUUUAGAAAUGUGUUUGCGUCUGCAGAGCAAGAUUUCCCUUUUUUAGAAAACUGAAAUUAAAGCGGCCAGAUUGCCUGGAGUCAUAUUAAACUUUGUUCUAGGUCAUCAGGUUUUGUUUGUUAAUUUUCAGUUUUUCAUGUACACCAAAUAAACAUCUUCAGUCCACGACUGACCAAUUUA